AGGUCAUGAUCUUAAUAAGUAUAGUCGCUCUGUUAUUCUGACUGCGUGGAAGAGGACCUCACAGAGAACAGACAGGGGCUUUAUACUGGCCACCAGAGUAGAACAGACGCAGCGAGGGGGUGUGGACCUCACGCUGGCAGCUGAACAGCAGGAACGUGGCAUAACAGAACAGAAUGUCUCAACAGCCAUCGACCAACGUAAAAGCCCUUCAGGCUAACCUCAAUAUUCCAAUGGGGGGUCUCCGUCCUGGGGCGGGACUUCCUGGGAAGAGGCGAGAAGAGUCAACAGAGGCAACCCCGGUUUCUCCAGAAGAGAAAAAGCCCCUGCCUGGUGCUGUUAAACUACCGGGCCCCACCGUCAACCUCUCUGAGAUCCAGAAUGCAAGGAGUGAGCUCAAAUGGGUCACUAAGGACUAAACAACACAACACAGGUGUCUCCGCCCCCGGUUCACUUGCAAUCCCACGGUUACCUUCUCCAUCCAAUGAUAUUCAAGUAUUUACCAUUAACACCCUGAGCAUCGAUCACAAUGUCAUGACGGAAUCGACGACGAGACUUAAUUAUAAUGAUGAUACCCAACACGGAUCUACAAUAAGAGAGGGGGCGGAUACUUUUAAAGCAAAGACUGAUGGGAAAUGAGGAGUUAUAAGAUCAGAGAUCGGUCCCUGUCAGCUAUAGGUCAUCUCUGUUUAAAUCUCUCUGUAUGCUAUUCUGUAUUUUGUUUUUAAAUGUUCUGUGUUUGGCAUAGAUUUGCUUUUAAAGUACAUGUAGUUGUGUAUUCUCAUUCUAUCAUGUGUUGAAUCGUGUAAUGCUUUUAUUUUUCACAAUAUCACAGUUUGAAACUACACAAAAUGCACACUUUAUAUAUGCUUGACAAUUCCAAUGAAACAGCAAAACUCCUUCACAAUAAAUUUCACAACAGUUCACAAUAAAAAAUGAAGUCAUAUGGGUUUGUAAAGAUUUAAAGCUUCGUAAGUGAUCACAGUGAUUUGUCCAUUUUUAAAUUCUUCGAAUCUUGAAUCUAUCACACCAACAACCUUUUCCUUUUUAAACACUUUCUUUGUAGCUUUGUUUUCACUCCCUGCACAUCUUUCUUAUCUCUGGCUUUGUUCUUGUUGCAGUACAUGAGUAGGCUGUUGCAUAAUAAAACAUAAUUUCGCAUUCUCUCCAGGAGCAAGCCUGUAGGAGGAUAAAGCCAGCACUUGUUAUCCUUGAACAAAUAGAACUGGAUUUCAAAUGCAGCACCGUCGGUUUGUUAUGUAUAUAAACCAGCAGCAGUUUAACUGUGUAAAGCUCCUCUUUUCCUCCUCUGUGAACCAGAUCAUACGUAUGUGUCUGUACUACAUUGUGGUCCAUUUUGAGUGAAAGUGUCCUUAUUAAAAAUCACAUGUUCCUGCUAA